AUGCUGGAGGCUGACGAUUGGGUCACCCGGCUGCCUGUGCCCCCAAACAGCGAGCGUGGAGCGGACGGGUCGUCUGCGUCGCUCUCUGCUGACGUCUUAUUUUCAGCGUACCGCCUCGGGACUCCUUGUGUUUGCCGACACACAACGGCGCGUAACCGCGUGUUGAACUGCGUUGCCUCCCCUCGUUGCUUUGCCGGGUUUUUAGAACUCGCAACUGACGCAUCUGUUCUCAGCGAGUGCGUGGCGGAUAUCAUGGGUGAGGAACCCCAACUGUUGCCGGCGAAAGAGGGCGACACCGCCCUGGAGGAUACUUUGAAUAAGUUGACGUGUGCGAAGUCCCACCCGCUGCGUAGAGGCAUAAGAAACCUGGGUAACACAUGUUACCUCAAUGCCAUUCUGCAGCUGCUCUUUAAUAUUUCGAGCGUGCGGUACGAGGUGUUCAGCGCCUGUGCGGAGGAUCUCUCUGUUGAGGAACAUCGCGUGUAUGAGAUUUGUGAAGACUCGGUUCAGAAACCAGAUGAUGCGGAGAGGGGAGAAGACGAGGGAUCACAACCCAUAAAGUAUGCUUUACAGGCAUCUGGCCUGGGAGAACUGUUUGCGGAGAUGGCACUCACACGUGACGGUAAUGGGGCCAACGCACAGCCUUUUGCUGCCUUUCUUUCUUUGGACACGAAGACACAGCAGGAUGCGCAGGAGUUCUUUGCAUUACUGAUCAGUUGGCUGCAGCACCACGGUGGGGAGGUUGUGGAGCGGACGUUUGAGGGGACGCUUCUUUAUGACCGUCGGUGCAGCAACUGCCACCGCGUCUUUAAGAGGGCGGAGCCCUUUUUUUUUCUCUCACUUCCUGUGAAGGGUACCGUUGAGGAGGCACUGAGCACAUUUCUGCAGCCGGAGGAGGUGGAAGGGUUUAUGUGCGAUGGCUGCAACCUCACGACCACGGCAUCCUCCUGUCAGUACCUGCGAACACUUCCGGAUGUUUUGGUGGUGCACCUCAAUCGCUUCGCCUUUGACCUGCAGACACUGCAGCGGGAGAAGGUGACGACAUCUGUGAGCUUCCCACUUGAGUGGGAGCUGGCAGAUUACAUCAACCGCUGGCAGCAGCAGCAGCAGAGGAAUGAAGAGAACGACUCCGCCACGGAUGGUGCUGCUAAUAUCACGGCUACUACUAAUACUGCUGCUACCACCACGACGCAUCUUAGUAAGGCAUGCUACACACUCAUGGGUGUUGUGAAUCACAUUGGCGAGACUGCCCUUUCUGGUCAUUACACAUUCCACGGCAAAGUUGACGAGGAGGCAGGGUGGUACCUCUUUGACGAUGCAAAAGUGACGAAACUUCAUCAUCGUCUUCACGGCAAUCGGGUCAUCUCAAAGGAAGCGUACAUGUUGGUGUACCAGUUACGCCCAUGCGAGUCUACAACAGUGUCGCAUGACGACAUGAUACGAGCUUCUGAGGAUGUGAAGAACGAGAGGAGUAAUUCUGUUCCGUUGCCUCCUCGUCUUUUAAAACACGUGCAGCAAUUGAAUCGUGAAUUGGAAAUACGGCGACAAGACUGGGAGAUGCGUCGGGCUGAUUUUUUGUUUUUUCUGCAGCAAUGGGGGGAGAUUGCACUAAAUCUCCUUGGAGGGAGGCUUAUAUGCAACAGCGUCACGGUAGAAACGGCGGCAAGGGAGGAGGAGGAGGAGGAGGAGGAGGAUGAGGGCGAGCGGAGUAGCACUGAGCUUGCGGACCUGUUUGCUGUUCCCUCAAGCUGGCUCCGGUUGUUUGGUCGCGGUUUCCUUCCAUCGUAUGUGGAUGUGCGGGAGUACAAUGAGUGCGAGAAGCGAAAGAAGCGAUUGCGAAGGAAUGCCAGCGGUCGUACUGGUCUCGAGGACAUGUUGGGAGGCGAUCCUCCCAAGUCAUCAUCGCUGGUGGGAAAUGAGACAUGCGAUAACGCACGCGGCGCAACAUCCACAGAGCAGCUGGACGACGAUGCCACCGCCACGCGAAUAAAAGAAGGAGGAGGAGGUGUGGAUAUGGCCAAAGAAAAUAAUAUACUGUUUGAAGGGACAUCUUGGGCUUUGCUUUUGGACCUAAUGGAGGGUCUGCGCUGUCCACACGGCAAGUUGGCUCCCUGGGGUCCGUAUAAACUUGUUCCUUCUGCAUUGUCUGCGCGAUUGGCGUCGCUGCUGAACACAAUGCCUACAUUGCACGGCACUUUUCCUGUUGCCGAGGAGAUGUCUUCUUCCCACGUCGGCUGGCGAGUGCGUGAUUACGCCUGUGCGGUUUGCACAAGGUCCAUGGCAGCAGAGGUGCUACGGCUGAAGAAAUCGUGGGACGAGGAGAGGGCAGCGUUGGCGUUGCUCAGUGGCGCCCGUGACGCACUGAAGAGUAAGUGCCAUGGCAGCCAAACCGACACAAGCAACCAAACUAAUAUUUACUGCGAGGAGUUGAGGAGUGAAGGGGAGGCGGCGGCGGCGACGGGGCGGACGGUGUAUGUAAGCAAAGCUUUGAUGGAGUUUUGGGAGAAGUCUCUUGCGGCAAAUGCGAAGCGGAAGGAUGUGGUGAAUCGUCAGGGCUUCACGGGGCUUUUUGCCGCCCUUCGCAUGGAGGAGGCAGCGGACAGAAACGAGAGUAACGACAAUAAUAAUAAUAAUAAUAAUGAUAAUCAUAGUAAAAAUAACAAUUGGCAUGAUGGUGUCUCCAGGCUCACUUUACCCGAAUGUGGCAGACUUCUCUGCGAUCAUCGACUUCUUGCGCCAUCCGCGGUGGUUCAGGUGGUCCCAGCGGCUACUUGGCGUUAUCUGCGAGAGCGAGUUGCGCAGCCGCUCUGCGCGGGAGAAAACACAUCCGAGGUUUUGGACAAGUUUCUGCCAUACCUUCCUACGGAGAGUACUCCCCGGUGCCCCGACUGCAUUCAAAACACCGUCAGCUUGACAGCGCAGCGCCAUCAUGCGAAGAUGUCAAAGAUCGCUGAGUCGAAACGGUUCCCCACCCUGGCAUCUGCCGCUCAAUUCCUUUCCAUGCCACAGGCAGAGAUGCGGAAGCAACACCCCAAUUCUUACGUGUGGAAGAGGAACCUUGAACGCCUUUACCGGGAUCACUAUCGUUCGUGGGAAAAGGAGCAGGCUGCUGUGGUUGCCGCUGCCGAGACGCAGAUUGCCACGCUCACAAGAGAGGAGGAAGAGCGAAAAAGGGCGGAAGCAGCGUGGGAGUCCAUGCGGGUGCGGCGAGGAGGGCAUAAGAAAAGGUUUAAACAAACCAAUAGUUCCACUGAGACAAGAACCGCUCCACAAGUGACACCGUCAAUGUCUGUUGCGACUCCACUGCAGCAGGCGGAGGAGGCACUCAAGAAGGCACGUGCCGCGACGUGUCCGGAUUUGUGCCACACAUACGGGUGCAUUCCGAUGUGGUGGGUGACACUUUGGCGGCGAUGGUUCAUGGAUUUGGACGGCACCUUCUCGCUCCCGCCUUGUUUUGAUUACGAGGCGUUGCUCUGUCCACAUGGUGGGACGCUUGUUGCACCGCAUCUUCUUAAUCCGGCAGAUCCGUUUUGGGAGGCAAAAUCCGUUGCCCGGCAUCUCGUGCAACUGUGGCACCAGAGAUCUUCUGCCAUUUCCAUCGACGAUGCCUGUGACGUGUACUCUCUGGACGAUGACAACAAAUUGCCGCCGUUCCCUCCACUGUUGCUGCUGCCGUUGACAGAGUUUGUAGACAUACUUGAGACGUAUGGAAAAUCGGGAAUGCUUUUACCUUCAUCUCCUUCUUCAGGAGAGGAGAAUACGGAACUUAUCCGGUGCAGGGUGGAUUCAAGCAAAGCGAUUUUAUUUGUGGAGCGAAACACGGACCGUGUCUUUGACCCGCCUACCUGCGAGGAAUGUGUGGCAUCGCUUCUCGAGAGAAUUAGGGAAUCGUCUCGUUGCUUUUUGAACGGGUCGCUGAGACUACAGCUACGCUUUCGCCGCAGUAGAAAAAACUUUUACGAGUCCACGGAUGUGCUUCGAGAACUGCAUCACACCACCACUCUGCGUGAGCUCAAACAGGCCAUAUCUCGUCUGGUGGCAGAGCAUCACGGUUUUCUGUUGCCUCUGCAGGAGAUGGAGCUUCUCCGUGGGCGUAAGCCACUGCGCCGUCAUCGGAACCACACGAUGAAGAAGAACGAAUCCGAAGUGCAACCGUCUGGUUCCGGCAAUGUUGCGUCCCCUUUAGUCAUUGAUACCAAUGAAAUGCCAAAGUCUUUUCAGGGCGAUGAGGAUGCCGGUACUCUGUUUGACUACGGUCUAUGCGACGGCGACGUACUGACAGUGAACGCCACGGAACGUGUGCUGGAGAAGAUUCCGGGUGCAAUGAAGGAGACUGAGGUGUGGGAGGAGGUCCCGGCGGAGCUGCUCCAACCGGUGCAAGAGAGCUCCACGGCAUUUGGUGCGACCCGGCUCCACGGCGCCGUUGGUAAAAGUCGGCGUGGCGGCGCUGCCGAGGCAAAGGCGCAGGUCGCUUGUGACGUCUGCACAUUCAUCAACGCACCGGGGAGGGCUCGGUGUGAUAUGUGUGAGACCCCCUUCAAGCAGUAG